AUGACAAGAUCUAGAUCAAGAUCACCACGAUGGAAACCAAGGUCCUUAUCUCCAGCAUUUAGAAGUCCAGAGCACCAUAGGCAAAGGCAUGCUCAUAUUAAUUAUGACUGUGAAUACAAAAGCUUUCGUAAGGACCCAAAGAAACCUAUGCCUUGGAGAACAGAAGAUGAAAACUACGGACAAAGCAAUUCCAGGUUUGCACCUCAUAGAAAUAACCGCCAGAGAAUAUAUGAACGUAGAUCACCUUCACCAAACCUGAAAAGAAUUCCCAUGGAAGAUACUUACAGUCAUAAGCCCUACCGAACACACUCGUCUGAAAGAACUGAAAGCAAUAGGAGAUGCCAGUUACCACCAAAAUACUCGGAAGUACCAUACAAAGAGCACGACCGUCCGUUUUACCAACACAAAAUGGAAGACAGAUACAUGUUUGAGUACUACAAAGUCACUGGAAAUGAAAAAGGAAUGAAACCUUUUCAUAGACCAUUAGGGGCUUCAUGUAAACUUGAAAGAAAAUGGCACGAAGAUGACUUGAGGCACCAGAGGUUACAUGAAGAGAAGUAUGGUCAGUCACCCAGAAGAGUUUCUGAUGAAUUUACGGCAAGGAGCUCUUUACAGAAGAGGUAUCCUGAAGAUCACGAUUACAGAGAGUAUGGGCACGCGUCUAAAAGGGCUAAAGAAAUGGAGAGGUAUGACAGUGGAGAAGUGGCAAGGAAUUCCACGUGGAAGCAAGAACGUUCUUUUCCACCCUACCAAGAAAAGGAGGAGCAAAGAAAUCUGGGUGCCCAGUCCCACCGAUCGGCAGAAAGGGAGUACUCAGAGGGUUCUGUCACAAAGAUAGCCUAUGAGUACAGUCACAAACGGCGCAGGCAUCCGGAGGGGGAGAAGCCUUUUUCAGAUGAUAGAGCUCAGAAGUACAUGACGCAGGAAGACCAGAAAUACAGUUCUUCUAAGGGUGCCCGGAAUAGCAAAGAAUUGGAUUACUUCAGCGGUGGAAGAGCGAGACGGACUGAAGAAGGGCACGUCGAGGUACCUGUGAAAUACAGUUCAAAGAAGGGCUGCGAUGCUUGUGUUAACUCUUCCCAAACGGAUAUUGAUCUGAGGUCUUUUAAGAACAAACCGAAGGAAAGAGUAAGGAAGGAAGGGGAAUUCAGGAAAAAAGUAGAUUCCUCCGAUAGCCAGCAUGAGUCAAGUCAUACUGUUUCAGAUGGGAAAAUGUCAGAUGUCAACUGUAGGAGGGAGCAUCUCACAAUCAAAGUGGAUAUGAAGAAAAUGGUGACCAAGUACAG